AUGGCGGGCAGACUCGGCGGCAUGAUGCCAAACGCACCCAUCAUCCUCCUUCGUGAGGACACCGAUGUGUCGCAAGGCACUUCGCAACUUCUCCACAACAUUGGUGCUUGCGCUUCCAUUGUCUCCUGCGUUGCAUCGACACUGGGUCCUCGUGGUAUGGACAAGCUGAUCGUCAACGAGCGUGGCCAAGCUACCAUCUCCAACGACGGUGCUACCAUUCUCAAGCUUCUCGACAUUGUCCACCCUGCUGCUAAGACUUUGGUUGACAUUGCCCGUGCGCAGGAUGCUGAGGUUGGUGACGGUACCACCUCGGUCGUUUUGCUCGCGGGUGAGAUGCUCAAAGAAGCCAAGCCUUUCAUCGAGGAAGGUGUUGCGCCACAUAUCAUCAUCAAGGGCUAUCGCAAAGCCGUGCAACUCGCCGUAGACCGAAUCAAAGAGAUGGCUGUCACCAUCGACAAGUCCGACAAGCAAGCUUUCCGUGAUCUCCUGAUCAAGUGUGCCGGAACCAGUAUGUCUUCCAAGCUCAUCGUAUCUCAGCGUCCGUUCUUCAGCAAGAUGGUUGUCGAUGCUGUUACUUCGCUCGACCAGGAUGAUUUAGAUCAGAGCUUGAUUGGAAUGAAGAAGGUUCCCGGUGGAGGCAUGCAAGAUUCCUUGCUCGUCAACGGUGUUGCUUUCAAAAAGACUUUUGCUUAUGCUGGAUUUGAACAACAACCCAAGUCGUUCAAGAAUCCUAAAGUUCUUUGCUUGAACGUCGAACUCGAACUCAAGGCGGAAAAGGAUAAUGCGGAAGUUCGAAUCAACGAAGUUUCCGAAUACCAAGCCGUCGUAGACGCAGAAUGGCAAAUCAUCUUUAACAAGCUCGAAGCUAUCGUCAAGACCGGAGCCAAAGUUGUCCUUUCGAAGUUGCCAAUUGGUGAUUUGGCUACGCAGUACUUUGCGGAUCGGGAUAUUUUCUGCGCUGGACGAGUUCCUGCGGAUGAUAUGAAGAGGGUAGUGCAAGCUGUUGGUGGAUCUGUUCAGUCUACUUGUUCGGAUAUCAACCCCGACAGGCACUUGGGUACUUGUGGCAAGUUUGAAGAGCGUCAGAUUGGUGGUGAACGAUUCAACAUUUUCGAGGAAUGUUCUGAGGCUAAGACUUGUACGCUUAUCCUCAGAGGUGGAGCGGAACAAUUCAUUGCAGAAGUGGAAAGGAGUUUGCACGAUGCGAUUAUGAUCGUACGACGCGCGAUCAAGAGUUCCCACGUUGUUGCAGGGGGUGGUGCUACGGAGAUGGAGUUGAGCAAGUACCUGCGCGACUAUUCGAGGACUAUUCAGGGUAAACAACAGUUGAUCAUUGGUGCAUUUGCAAAGAGUUUGGAAUGCAUUCCCAGGCAGUUGGCGGAUAACGCUGGGUUUGAUGCUACGGAUCUGUUGAACAGGUUGAGGAUGAAGCAUGCUCAGGGAGCUCAGUGGGAAGGAAUCGAUAUUGAUGCAGAAGAUACGGCGGAUUUGAUGGAAAAGUUCGUCUGGGAGCCGAGUCUGGUUAGGAUUAAUGCCCUGCAGAGUGCAGCCGAGGCUGCCUGCUUGAUUCUGAGUGUGGACGAGACGAUUAGGAACCAGGCGAGUGAGAAGGCUCAACCCGGUCCCAAGGCUCCUCCGGGUACUAUGCAGAAGGCUAUGCGUGGUCGUGUGCCUCGUCGCUAG